CUUGCCUCGGGGCCUCCUCGCCCGGGCACUUUUCAUGGGCCCAGUCGGCCAGACCGCAUGGCGCGGCUGCUGACGCGGGCCGUGGGUGGCGGCAGUUGUCCGUGCAAGUACUGCGGGAAGAAGGUGUCUGCAAACCAGGCGGAGGGCCACUUCAUGAAGUCCUGCGCGGAGUCCAGGGGCCUCCCACUGGAUGAGCGUCAGCGGAGGGCGCAGGAGCACCUGGCGGCUCUGGAGCGGCGCAGGGAGCUCGCAGACGAUGGGGACCAUUACGAGAGCGACGGGGACAGGGACACGUCACCUCGCACGCAGCGACCCGUGGCUCGCACCACCGUACAGCCCACUCCGGUCGCCAAGGCCGACCACUCACCUCCACGUCCGCCGGCUGCCCCCCCGGGGGCCCCGCGGGCUAGCGGCGACGCGGGGGCGAGCACUGCCCUGCUGGACCGCGGGGCGGCGGGGGCCGGCUCGAGGCCCCCGGGGGCCGCAGCGGGCGCGCUUGGGGCGGCCGGGAUGCCAGCAGCGGGCAGUGCGGCCAGCCUGCUGCCCCACCAGCACCAGCCGUGGCAGCGAGCGGGGCCGGCUGAGCCCGCAGGAGGGGCCUACGCACCGUCAGCGGGCGGGGCCGGCUUCCCUGCGGCGCAGUCCGACAUGCCCGCCUCGGUCGCCUUGAGCGGGCCGCAGCUGGGUGGCCUGGCGGGCAGCCCCGGGCUGCCUCCCCACCUGCCGCAGCAGCAGCGGCAGGAGCGGCAGCGACCUCCUACUCCCGCGUCCGGUGACUGGCUGGCCGACAAGGCCCUCUCCGGCUUGGGCAGCUCCCCGCCCGCCUCACCUCCUCACCACCCGGCACGCGCGCCCUCCUCAAGUCAAUGGCCUCCAGUUCCGCACACCUCCCAACCGGCCAGGCCCGGGCAGCAGCCUCCGCCACCUGCCCCCGCCUCCGCCACUCCCGGCUCCUCCCACACUCCCCACCUGCCACCCAGCGGCGGGGCCCCUCGGUACGCUGGCGCCCCCGCUGCUAGCGGGUCCGCGCAGCCGCACCCCGGCGCACCUCCCCCUCGCGGGCAGGGGGCGACAGCGGGGGCAGCAGCUGCAGGGGACACCCGGGGGGCGGGGGCAAGCGGCGGCUCGCCGCUGCUGGCGGGCCAGCAGGGCCUGCCCCAGUCGCAGCCCAACAGGGUGGCCGGGGCCUUCGGGUCGCUGCCGCACACCGCCACACAGUCAUCCAGCUCACCUCACCCGCCGCCGCCGACAUCCCAUCGGCAACUACCAUACCAGCAACCCCAGUCACCGCCGCAACCCCAGCAGCAGCAGUACCCUGCGCCGCCGCCUGCGCAGCAGCAACCCGUCUACCGGAGCUCGCAGCCCCUCCAGCAGCCCCCCCCGAACCAGCCGCAGCGGCCCCAGCAACCUCCCAACCCGCAGCAGCAGACCCAGCCAGAGCCGCCCCUCCCGGCUCAGGGACCCCCACACGGCCCCGCCAGCCAGCCGCCGGGGGCCGCUGCAGUCCAGCCAGGAGCUGCUGCGGGAGGGACACCUGGCCCAGCCACUGACCCGCGGGUCGCUGCCGGGCCCGCUGCCUACGUGGACUUCUCUCGGCCGCUGAGCGCCCCGGCGUCAGGCGGCGGAGUCGACCUCACCGCGGAGAAGAAGUUGGAGGAGUACAUGCGCGCGUCUGCUCGCCCCCGCAAGCAGUACAAGCUGCCCACCUUCCUGCCGUACAAGUGGGAGGGCUACCGGGAAGAUGACCGCUACUUCUCCUCCCUGCCCCCCUGCGCGCUGCACUGGCUGCAGCAGGUGCGCGGGCUGAGCGAGGAGGUCAUCCGCCGCAACCGGCUCUUCUGCACGCAGCUGCCGGUGGAGGGCGGGCGGCUGGCGCUGGCGGUUGCCUUCCCCUUCUUCAAGCACGGCAGCAUGGUGUUCGCCAAGUACCGCCUGUUCGACCCGGACAGCCCCACGCCCUUCGAACCCAAGCUCUUCAGAUCGAGCAAGGACGGCGAGCCGGUGAUGUACGGCUUCGAUGACGUGGCGGCGGCGCACCGGCAGGCGGCGCAGCGGGGGGGCGGGGGCGGGGGCGGCAGUGUGAUCAUCGUGGAGGGCGAGAUGGACAAGCUGGCGCUCAACACGGCGGGAUUCUGGAACGUGGUGUCGGUGCCGAAUGGCGCCCCCGCUGCCCGCACCCCUCCCGGCUCCUCCGAGCCGCAGCAGCUGUUCUCCCGCCCCGGUCCCGCGGGUGUGGAGGAGGGCGCCUCGCGCUUCAAGCAGCACUACGGCUACAUGGACUCUUUCCUGCAGCUCUUCCCCGACAUGAGCCGCUGCAGCUUCGUCAUCGCAACCGACAACGACCCGGCGGGUCAGGCGCUCCGGCGGGAGCUCAUGCGGCGGCUGGGUCGCGAGCGCUGCUGGGAGGUCACCAGCUGGGAUAACGAGGAGCUAAACAUGAUGGACGAGGAGGCGCAGGCGGCGGGGCUGGGCCCGGGGGCCGCUGCGGAGCUGGGUGCUGGGGUGCCGGCUGCCGGCUCCGCCCCGCCUGGCUCGCCGCACCCGGGCCGGCCGAGGGGCUUUCGGAAGGAUGCCAACGAUGUGCUGAUCCACGACGGCCCCGAGCGGCUGCGUCAGCGGCUGGAGGCGGCUCAGCCCGCCAAGCUGACCGGGCUGGCCACCUUCAAGGAGUACGAGUACGAGAUCAUCAACUACUUCCAGCGGCAGGACCCGCUGCAGCUGGGGGUGCCCACCGGCUGGCCCUCGCUGGACCGCCUCUACCGGGUGGCGCCGGGGGAGCUGACCAUCGUGACGGGUAUCCCCAACAGCGGCAAGUCCGAGUGGCUGGACGCGCUGCUGGUGAACCUGGCGGAGAACCACGGCUGGGCCUUCGCCCUGUGCUCCAUGGAGAAGACGCCCCUGCCGCACCUCAAGAGCCUCAUCGCCAAGCGCAUGCGGAAGCCAUUCCCGCACGUGUACAGCACCGCCCGCGGCCCCCAGCAGUCGUACGGCAUGGACCUGGGUGAGAUGGUGGGCGGCUUCCGCUGGGUGGCCGACCACUUCCACCUCAUCCGCUUCGAGGAGCAGGACGACACCGGCAGCCCGCCCAUCGACUGGGUGCUGCACAUGGCGCGCAUCGCCGUGCUGCGAUUCGGCAUCCGCGGCCUGGUCAUCGACCCCUACAACGAGCUGGACUCGCGGCGCCCCCGCGACAUGACGGAGACCGACCACAUCCGCGAGCUGCUGAGCAAGGUGCGGCGGUUCGCGCGGGAGAGCGAGUGCCACGUGUGGUUCGUGGCGCACCCGCGGCAGCAGAAGGGCUUCACGGGGCAGGCGCCCGGGCUGUACGACAUAUCCGGGUCGGCGCACUGGUUCAACAAGACGGACAACGGCAUUGUGGUGCACCGUCGCUUCACCGAGGUGGUGGACCCGGUGAGCGGCAAGCGCUACCGGCAGUCGCUGCCCGAGGUGGACAUCAAGCUGCAGAAGGUGCGCAACAAGGACAUCGGAACGCAGGGGGAGACGCACCUGCUGUACGACAAGGCGACGGGCAGGUACGUCGACCCGGAGCGCCUGGCGCAGCGGCUGCAGGCGGGCAGCGGGGGAGGUGGAGGCGGCGGAGGGGGCUACGUGGCGCCGCAGUGCGCCUCGGACCUGCGGGAUGAGCAGCUGGGCUACCUGCCCUUCAGCGGUUCUCCGCCGGACAACGCGCUGGCGGCCCCGGCUGGCGUCAUCGACACCUCCCUCGACCACCCGCCCCCGACACCACCGGCACUGCCGCCACCACCACCGCAGCAGCAGCAGCAGUAUGAGCAGCAGCAGCAGCAGCCCCCGCGGGCCUGGCAGCCGCCACCCCCGCACCAGCUGCCGCCCGCCUCCGGCCCCCCACCUGCGGCCCAGACCCGGGCGGCUCCCGGUGCGCUGCCCAGGCCGCCCGCGUCCCGGGCUCUCCCGUCCGCGGCUAGGGGCAGCAGCAGCAGCAGCAGGGCGGCCUCCUCCUCCUCCUCCACCUCCACCUCCUCCUCCGCAGCCAGCGGGAGCAGGCCGCGGUCCAGCCUGGCUUCCAGCAGGGCCGCUGGGUCGGGCGGCAAGGGGGGCCGUGGGGGCGGCAAGCUGGGGAAGCUGGCCAGCAUGCGGGCGCUGCAAGCGGCACCCGCCAGCAAGGCGGUGGCGGCGGGGGAGGCGGCGGCCGACCUGGAGGACGAGGACGAGGACGAGGAGGGGGAGAUGGACGAGGACGAGGACGAGGACGAGGAGUACGGCGGCAAUGGCGGCCCCCGCCGCCGCAGCCCCCCUCCCGCGCUGCCGUCUGGCCCCCGCAGCGUGCAGGUGUCGGUCAACGGCGGGGCGUACGCGGACAAGGCGCCCGAGGGGAUGGGGUCGGUGUACGAGACGGUGGCGGAGAACGAGGGCUGGCUGGGCGGCCAGUAGCGCGGUACGGCAGUGGCGUGACAGCGCAGGAUGCGAGGGGAGCUGCAUGGGGGGGGGGGG